UGAAGGUCACAUUACUGCAAGGUGGUGUGAAAGACGCACCUGCUGAUCAUGGAGUCUAGAGCAUUUUGUCUGCUGAUGCUCUGCUGUUUUAUCAAUGUCUGCAAGCUUCAUCCUCUCAUUCAUCCCAGUAAUGGACUUCGUUUGUGCCGCAUAAACUCAAGUUUAGCAGCGCUGGAGGUUCUGCCAGGAGGAGGCUGGGAUAACCUGCGCAACAUAGACAUGGGCCGGGUGAUGAAUCUGAGCUAUUCCCAAUGUCAGACCACAGAAGACGGAGUCUAUCUCAUUCCAGAUGAAGUCUUUGUCAUUCCACAGAAAGUGAGCGGAGUGGAAACAAACUCGGAGAUCAUAAUGUCAUGGCUGGAACAAAAAAGCUCAACUUCAAGUUCCAUCAAUGCAGAUGUUUCCUUUUAUUCGGUGCUCAAUGCAAAAUUCUCCACAGAAAACCAGCGUAUGAAAACCCACCAAGUGAAGGAGAGUUCUGUAACAGCACGAGUUCAAGUCCGUAACCAUCUAUACACAGUAAAGGCAUAUCCUGACUUCAUUCUGGACACCCGCUUUGCUCGACAGGCAGAGGAAAUCGCAGAUGCUAUUGAAAACAAUCAAACUCGUCAAGCAAAUUACCUGUCAGAGAAACUCAUACUCGAUUUUGGCACCCAUGUCAUCACAAGUGUUGAAGCUGGUGCCACUUUGGUGCAAGAGGACUAUUUAAAAAUGUCUUAUAUCUCUAACAGUCAGUCAGAUGUGUCUUCUGUUACUGCAUCAGCAGGAUUUAACUUUUUUGACAAGGUUAAAUUUGAUAUUGGUGCCAGUACAUCCCAUGGAACCUCUGAAACCAGUGGUUAUCAGGGUAACAUCACAUAUUCCUUAAUCCAGAGCCAUGGAGGGGCUUUAUUCUACCCAGGCAUCACUCUGCAGAAGUGGCAAGAGAGUACGCUCAAUAAUCUGGUGGCUAUUGACCGCUCCGGGCUGCCGAUUCACUAUUUUCUGAAUCCAUCAACAUUCCCAGACCUCCCAGAACCAACAGUAAAUAAAAUGGCUUCAUCAGUUCGCCAAGCUGCAGAGCAAUACUAUAAAGUAAACACCAUUCCAGGUUGUGUAAAUCCAGAUUCCAAAAACUUCAACUUUCAGGCAAAUGUAGAUGAUGCAUCUUGUGAGGGUCCAGUCACCAAUCUUAGCUUUGGUGGAAUUUUCCAACGAUGCACUGCACUGACAUCAGUUGGAAAUGCUAUCUGUGAUGAAACAGCACAGAAAAACCCAGCUACUGGGGAUUAUUCUUGCCCUCAGCAGUACAACACCACCCUAUUACGCUCUGAGACAGUAGAACGAGGUUAUAAUCAUUAUGAAUGCCACAGCCACUGCCGCAAAUGUGGUUUCUUAUGGUUGCGUACUUGUUGUGACCAAACAUGUGGUGAUGCUUACCGUGUCCGUCGUGCAAAAGUUGAAACUUACUGGUGUUCCACAACUCAGAAGACCCCCGAGUACUCUGGAUACCUUUUUGGAGGUCUAUUUGGACCAGGCAUGCAAAACCCACUAACCAAAUCUAAUAGCUGUCCUCCGAACUACUUUACCCAACACUUUUUGUCUAAUGGCAUGAUGGUUUGUCUGAGCAAUGAUUAUGAGGCUGGAACAAGAUUCUCUGUGCCUUUUGCUGGUUUCUUCAGCUGUCAAUCUGGCAACCCUCUUGCAAAGGGUCAAAAUCGCUGUCCACCUCAGUUCAGCCAACAUCUUGCUUCCAUUAGUGAUGGUUGUCAGAUAUUGUACUGUGUCCAGUCUGGUGUGUUCACUGGUGGUCAGUUAAAGCCUAUCCGCCUCCCACCAUUCACAAGACCACCAAUGGUCAGCAUGAUUGCAACAAACACAGUAGCUGUAAUGACAGAAGGUGAUCGUUCUUGGGUGAGAGUUGGAGAAACUAAGAUGUGGAGACUGGCAAAGCCUGGUGAAAUUAAUCAAAUGGCAUCAAUGUUUGACACAUCAUCUUCUCAGAUGUCUGGAGGAGAGAAGGCUGGUGUAGCCAUUGGUGUAAUGGUUCUGGUUGCUCUUGUGGUUGCAGGAACGGUGUUUAUAACGAAAAGAAGAAAGAGGUUUUCUGCCACCAGGUUGAGCAGAGGGUAUGAAGAUAUCCAUGGUGAGGGUGAAAACGAGAGCAGUGUAGAGAUUCAGAGAGAACAACCAAAUGAGAAUGUUAAUGAAAACUCCACUCAACCCCUACUAUCAUAAUCUUUUUAAGAUGACUGUUCAGAGAUUUACAGUUAAGCGUUAUAAUGUUAUAAUGAACAUGAUUAGUCAUAUAAAUAGUUGGCAGCAGCAGUAACAUUCUUUAAGGCAACUUUUUACAUUUGUUUUACAACUAACAAAAGUCUGAUGAAGAGCCUGCGUGCUCGAAACGUCAUACGCUAUGCGAAAGUUUUUCAAAUAAAUUUUUGAUACUUUUGGAGCUUUGGUGUUGCCGACUUUAUAUUUAAUUUCUCCACUUGUUUUUUAGUCGAGCACCCAUUUGAGGUUGAUGUUUGCAUUUUUUACAACUAACAAUCCAAGCAUUGGAAUAAACCUAAAAUAUUUAUAUUUUUUUUAACUGAAUGUCAUAAAACAUUAUACAAAAGAAAAAAUAUAUUAAAAAGUGUGAGGAAAGACCGUACCGUAACUGUUUCAAAAGUCUAUUUUACAGAUUGUUGUGAAAUAAGAAUACUCUGAAAUGAAUUACUUUUAGAGCAGCUGAGGAAAAAUACAUAAGGGCUUUGUAUUCAACAUGAUUUUCUACUGUUUUAUUAUUUUUACUGGUAUAUGUGUAUGUCUCGCUUUUUGUGCUUUUGUGA